AUGGUUAUGGAUUUUAUAACCGAAUUACUCCCAAAUCUGGAGCCAGAAGUUCAAGAUGCAGACGAAGAAACCUUUUAUCUCUAUGCUCAACCCAUCCCGUCUAUGAAUCUUGGGUUCAUAGACGCACGCGCUUCUUCAGUAGAUGUCUCAGUCGGAGACCGGGAUUUCACUAUCCAUCAGUCUCCCACAGUUCUCUCAUCUACACGAUCAGGCGGCACAACUGGAGCAGUGAUCUGGAAGAUAGCACCAACCUUUGCUACCUGGCUCUCAUCUCCUUCAAACCCAAUCCUCACCAAAAUCAAUCUUACAAAGGCCUCCAUCCUCGAGCUUGGCUGCGGCAUCUCCCCCCUGAGCGCCCUAGCCCUCGGUCCGCGCGUAGCCCGCUAUGUUCUAACCGACCAGUCAUACGUCCAACGUCUUCUCCAGAGGAAUAUUGACGAAAACUUCUCUUCGGCCUUCAGCUCGGGGACGUCUACGCCUACGGGUGAACGGGGCAGGAAGAAACGCAAUGCUCAUGGCCCUGCAGCCCCUCCUCAGUCAAAUAUUCGCUUCACAACGCUUGACUGGGAGACGGAUGAAGUCACACCUUCUCUAGUUGGCUCAGGCGAGGCCAGUAGCUUUGACGCGGUUGUUGCUUGCGAUUGCGUGUACAACUAUGCCCUCGUGGAUCCAUUUGUUCAGGCAUGCGAGGACGCAUGUCGUCUGCGACUCUCCGACUCUUCGUUGAGUGACAGCGAUGAAAGAAGGCCAUGUGUCUGUGUCAUUGGACAACAACUUCGCAGCGACGAAGUGUUCGAAUCGUGGCUCAAGGCAUUUUCAGCUUCGUUCCAUGUCUGGAGGGUUUCGGACAACGCACUCCCUGAAGAGCUGCGAUCAGCAGCUGGAUUCGUUGUGCAUGUUGGCAUACUCCGCGAGGAAAUGAGGUAA